UCUUGGGCCGCGGCGCCCGAGGCGGGAGCAGGAGGCGCCGGGAGCCGUGAGGAUCCACCGCCGCCGCUGCCGCCGCGCGCGCGCCAUGGAGCCCGAGUGAGCGCGCGGCGCUCCCGGCCGCCGGACGACAUGGAGACGGCGCCGACCCGGGCCCCUCCGCCGCCGCCGCCGCCGCCGCUGCUGCUGCUGGCGCUGUGCUGCAGCCUGGCCCCCGCCGCGGCCUCACCACUCCUGUUGUUUGCCAACCGCCGGGACGUGCGCCUAGUGGAUGCAGGUGGAGUGAAGCUGGAGUCUACCAUUGUGGCCAGCGGCCUGGAGGAUGCAGCCGCUGUCGACUUCCAGUUCUCCAAGGGUGCUGUGUACUGGACAGAUGUGAGCGAGGAGGCCAUCAAACAGACCUACCUGAACCAGACUGGAGCUGCUGCACAGAGCGUCGUCAUCUCUGGCCUCGUGUCACCUGAUGGCCUGGCCUGUGACUGGAUUGGCAAGAAGCUGUACUGGACAGACUCGGAGACCAACCGCAUCGAGGUGGCCAACCUCAAUGGAACGUCCCGCAAGGUUCUCUUCUGGCAGGACCUGGACCAGCCAAGGGCCAUUGCCCUGGAUCCUGCACAUGGGUACAUGUACUGGACUGACUGGGGGGAAGCACCCCGAAUCGAGCGGGCGGGGAUGGAUGGCAGUACCCGGAAGAUCAUUGUGGACUCCGACAUUUACUGGCCCAAUGGGCUGACCAUCGACCUGGAGGAAGAAAAGCUGUACUGGGCUGAUGCCAAGCUCAGCUUCAUCCACCGUGCCAACCUGGACGGCUCCUUCCGGCAGAAGGUGGUAGAGGGCAGCCUCACUCACCCCUUUGCCCUGACACUCUCUGGGGAUACUCUCUACUGGACGGACUGGCAGACCCGCUCUAUCCACGCCUGCAAUAAGUGGACAGGGGAGAAGAGGAAGGAGAUCCUCAGUGCCCUCUACUCACCCAUGGACAUUCAGGUGCUGAGCCAGGAGCGGCAGCCUCCCUUCCACACUCGAUGUGAGGAGGACAAUGGAGGCUGCUCUCACCUGUGCCUGCUGUCCCCGAGGGAGCCUUUCUACUCCUGUGCCUGCCCUACUGGUGUGCAGUUGCAAGACAAUGGCAAGACGUGUAAGGCAGGGGCUGAGGAAGUACUGCUGCUGGCCCGGAGGACGGACCUGAGAAGGAUCUCUCUGGACACACCUGACUUCACAGAUAUAGUGCUUCAGGUGGGCGACAUCCGGCAUGCCAUUGCCAUCGACUAUGACCCACUGGAGGGCUACGUGUACUGGACAGAUGAUGAGGUGCGGGCUAUCCGCAGGGCAUAUCUGGAUGGGUCAGGCGCACAGACACUUGUGAACACUGAGAUCAAUGAUCCUGAUGGCAUUGCUGUGGACUGGGUCGCCCGGAACCUCUACUGGACAGAUACAGGCACAGACCGAAUUGAGGUGACUCGCCUCAAUGGCACCUCCAGAAAGAUCCUGGUGUCUGAGGACCUGGAUGAACCUCGGGCCAUUGUGUUGCACCCUGUGAUGGGCCUCAUGUACUGGACAGAUUGGGGGGAAAAUCCCAAAAUCGAAUGUGCCAACCUGGAUGGGCGAGACCGGCAUGUCCUGGUGAAUACCUCCCUUGGGUGGCCCAAUGGUCUGGCUCUGGACCUGCAGGAGGGCAAGCUAUACUGGGGGGAUGCCAAGACCGAUAAAAUCGAGGUUAUCAACAUAGAUGGGACAAAGCGGCGGACCCUGCUAGAGGACAAGCUCCCACACAUUUUCGGGUUCACACUGCUGGGGGACUUCAUCUACUGGACCGACUGGCAGCGGCGCAGUAUUGAGAGGGUGCACAAGGUCAAGGCCAGCCGGGAUGUCAUCAUCGAUCAGUUGCCCGACCUGAUGGGACUCAAAGCGGUGAAUGUGGCCAAGGUUGUCGGAACCAACCCGUGUGCGGACGGGAACGGGGGGUGCAGCCAUCUCUGCUUCUUUACCCCGCACGCCACCAAGUGCGGCUGCCCCAUCGGCCUGGAGCUGUUGAGUGACAUGAAGACCUGCAUCACCCCUGAGGCCUUCCUGGUGUUCACCAGCAGAGCCACCAUCCACAGGAUCUCCCUGGAGACUAACAACAAUGACGUGGCCAUCCCACUCACAGGUGUCAAAGAGGCCUCUGCUCUGGACUUUGACGUGUCCAACAACCACAUCUACUGGACAGAUGUCAGCCUUAAGACUAUCAGCCGAGCCUUCAUGAAUGGGAGCUCAGUGGAGCACGUGAUCGAGUUUGGCCUCGACUACCCUGAAGGAAUGGCUGUAGACUGGAUGGGCAAGAACCUUUAUUGGGCCGACACAGGGACCAACAGGAUUGAGGUGGCCCGGCUGGAUGGGCAGUUCCGACAGGUGCUUGUGUGGAGAGACCUGGACAACCCCAGGUCUCUGGCUCUGGAUCCUACUAAAGGCUACAUCUACUGGACUGAGUGGGGCGGCAAGCCAAGGAUCGUGCGGGCCUUCAUGGAUGGGACCAAUUGCAUGACGCUGGUAGACAAGGUGGGCCGGGCCAAUGACCUCACGAUUGACUAUGCCGAUCAGCGACUCUACUGGACUGACCUGGACACCAACAUGAUUGAGUCCUCCAACAUGCUGGGUCAGGAGCGCAUGGUGAUAGCUGACGAUCUACCCUACCCCUUUGGCCUGACCCAGUACAGCGAUUACAUCUACUGGACGGACUGGAACCUGCACAGCAUCGAGCGUGCCGACAAGACCAGCGGGCAGAACCGCACCCUCAUCCAGGGCCACCUGGACUUCGUCAUGGACAUCCUGGUGUUCCACUCUUCUCGUCAGGACGGCCUCAACGACUGUGUGCACAGCAAUGGCCAGUGUGGGCAGCUGUGCCUUGCCAUCCCCGGGGGCCACCGCUGUGGCUGUGCUUCGCACUACACACUGGACCCCAGCAGCCGCAACUGCAGCCUCACUCCUGCAUCUGUGGGUGUGGAGCAUCAGGGAUUGCAGUAUGUGUGCUUUAUGACAUGGGAGCAUCAUGGGAAGCAGGGCAGGAAGUUCUGGCUGUGGGUGCGGCUGGAUGUGGCUCUUGCAUAUGAAUGGAGCCCGCUCUCCAUGCUGACCUCUCCCAGCCAGAGUUUGAGCCCAGACAGACAGCCACAUGACCUCAGCAUUGACAUCUACAGCCGGACACUAUUCUGGACCUGUGAGGCCACCAACACCAUCAAUGUCCACCGCCUGGAUGGGGAUGCCAUGGGAGUGGUGCUUCGAGGGGACCGUGACAGGCCAAGGGCCAUUGCUGUCAAUGCUGAGCGAGGGUACAUGUACUUCACCAACAUGCAGGACCAUGCAGCCAAGAUAGAGCGGGCCUCUCUGGAUGGUACAGAACGUGAGGUCCUCUUCACCACGGGCCUCAUCCGUCCUGUGUCCCUCGUGGUGGACAACGCUCUGGGAAAGCUCUUCUGGGUGGAUGCAGACCUAAAGCGCAUUGAAAGCUGUGACCUGUCGGGGGCCAACCGCCUGACCUUGGAAGAUGCCAAUAUUGUGCAGCCAGUGGGGCUGACAGUGCUGGGCAGACACCUCUACUGGAUCGACCGCCAGCAGCAGAUGAUUGAACGUGUGGAGAAGACCACGGGGGACAAGCGGACUAGGGUUCAGGGCCGUGUCACCCACCUGACAGGCAUCCAUGCCGUGGAGGAAGUCAGCCUGGAGGAGUUCUCAGCCCAUCCGUGUGCCCGAGACAAUGGUGGCUGCUCCCACAUCUGCAUCGCCAAGGGUGACGGAACGCCGCGUUGCUCAUGCCCAGUCCACCUCGUGCUCCUGCAGAACCUGCUGACCUGUGGUGAGCCUCCUACCUGCUCCCCUGAUCAGUUUGCGUGUGCCACUGGUGAGAUUGACUGCAUCCCUGGAGCCUGGCGCUGUGAUGGCUUCCCCGAGUGUGCCGACCAGAGCGAUGAGCAAGGCUGCCCAGUCUGCUCCGCCUCCCAGUUCCCCUGCGCUCGAGGCCAAUGCGUGGACCUGCGUCUGCGCUGCGAUGGUGAGGCCGACUGCCAGGAUCGCUCUGAUGAAGCCAACUGCGAUGCUGUCUGUCUGCCCAAUCAGUUCCGGUGCACCAGCGGCCAGUGCGUCCUCAUCAAACAGCAGUGUGACUCUUUCCCUGACUGUGCUGAUGGAUCUGACGAGCUCAUGUGUGAAAUCAACAAGCCCCCUUCAGAUGACAUCCCAGCCCACAGCAGUGCUAUUGGGCCUGUCAUUGGCAUCAUCCUCUCCCUCUUCGUCAUGGGCGGGGUCUACUUUGUCUGCCAGCGAGUGAUGUGCCAGCGCUACACUGGGGCCAAUGGCCCCUUUCCCCAUGAGUAUGUCAGUGGAACCCCUCACGUGCCUCUCAACUUCAUAGCCCCAGGUGGUUCACAGCAUGGCCCCUUCCCAGGCAUCCCGUGCAGCAAGUCCAUGAUGAGUUCUAUGAGCCUGGUGGGGGGGCGGGGCAGUGUGCCCCUCUAUGACCGAAAUCACGUCACCGGGGCCUCAUCCAGCAGCUCGUCUAGCACAAAGGCUACGCUAUAUCCACCGAUCCUGAACCCACCACCAUCCCCGGCCACGGACCCUUCCCUGUACAACAUGGACAUGUUUUACUCUUCAAACAUCCCAGCCACCGCCAGACCAUACAGGCCCUACAUCAUCCGAGGCAUGGCCCCUCCAACGACACCUUGCAGCACAGAUGUGUGCGACAGCGAUUACAGUACUAGCCGCUGGAAGACCAGCAAAUACUACCUGGACUUGAAUUCGGACUCAGACCCCUACCCGCCCCCACCCACACCCCACAGCCAGUACCUGUCUGCAGAGGACAGCUGCCCACCCUCGCCUGUCACCGAGAGAAGCUACUGCCACCUCUUCCCACCCCCUCCAUCCCCCUGCACGGACUCGUCCUGACCUUGGCCGCCCACCCCAGCCUCGCUGCCUCCCUGUAAAUAUUUUUAAAUAUGAACAAAAGAAAAUAUAUUUUAUGAUUUAAAA